AACCCAACCAAAAUCUUCCCUGCUUCACUCCAUCGCCACUCCAAGAGCUCCCAAUCGUCACGCCAUGGCCAGCAUGGUCACCACCAUGGCUGCCAUAGCAGCUUUCUCGGCCCCAAGAAGCCUCCAGCAGGCCCCGGCCCCGUUGCAGCUCCGCCCGAACGCCGUGUCGUUCGUCGCACACCCGGUUCGCGCGCACCGCCGGCUGGUGGCCGUGGCGGCCAGCUCGCCGGCCACGCCGCCGGACCUCGCCAACAAGGUGUCCGAGAGCAUCAAGCAGGCGCAGGAGACGUGCGCGGACGACCCGGUGAGCGGCGAGUGCGUGGCGGCGUGGGACGAGGUGGAGGAGCUCAGCGCGGCCGCCAGCCACGCGCGGGACCGGCAGAAGGGCGCCGACCCGCUCGAGGAGUUCUGCAAGGACAACCCCGAGACCGACGAGUGCCGCAUGUAUGAGGACUGAGCCGCGCGAGGCUGCUCGUCGUGCCAUCCGCCGUCGCCGUCAGCCUGUCACCUGAUCUAGCUGGCUUAGCUAGAGUGGCAUGACGGCAACAUGCGUGAAUGUAUGAUGGAUCUGCUCCUUCGUCUCCUUGGGCGUUUGAGUUUGGUUUCUUAGUUUCAUCUGGCUUGGUUUGCAAUAAAGCGAGGUUUGUCUAUUGGUUUGUUAUUUACAAGAAAUAUUUAGGAGCUCCUACUGUAAUCCCAAGGCAAAGAUGUAACAAUCAUUAGGAAUAUGUUUGUUGGUGUGCUUCUGGAACAUGAUUUUACUAGGAGUAUAUCUGUAUAUGUGAUACGCUGUGAAAUAUCGCAGAUGUAACGUCUUGUUUAUGCCACGAAUUUAAGAGUCUUUGUCCAAUUAAUUAGUACACGAAGAAAUUGCAAUAUAUGUCUGGAUAA